UAUUGUGCUAACAUUCUGUCAUCAACAUAUCAGGGUAGAAGCUGCAGAUUAUGGCCAGAAUAAGAGUUCCGGACGGUUAUUAAUCAUUGUUUAGGGGGUUGUAAAGGACGAGUGUCACGUAUUGUGAUAGUGAACCAGUUGUCGUCAGGUUAAAACGAGAGUAGGACGUAGAAAGUGAAGCUGCGUUUGUCUGCACACAUCUGGACUGUUAGCCGGCUGCUAGCUGGCUGCUUGCUCGGGUCAGGUUCGGGAGUUGAACCCGCCGCCUCUGCAGAGGGAUGUCCUGCAGCUUGGUGGAGUUCUGUCGGCUCCAGGAGCUCAAGGCGGUCCGGGACUUGUUGUUCCAGAGCCAGCGGCCCGAGCCGGCAGCAGAGAAAAACCCCACAGCAGACAAUGACCUGUCUUGGGACACCUCUGACUGGGAAUCAGCAUGGGACGGUGGCAACAGUAAAGAAGAGGAGUCUGCUCCUGCCACAACAGUGGACGAUGAGUCUCCGGGGCAGAGCGAGCCGUGGCUGCAGGACUGCGUCGUGUCGCUGUCGCCCUGCUCCGACCUGCUGGUGGUGGCUCGUGAACAGAAGGCAGUCUUCCUGUCUGCGAAGUGGCGUACAGAUGACAACGGUAGAGAGGAGAUGACUCUGGCUGUGUCUUGGACCGGAACCCUCAGCGCUGAAGAGGGAGAGUGCGUCAGCAGUGUCAUUGCUAUCCCCUUGGCAAGCCAGAAAAGGAGCUCCACUGGGCGGCCUGACUGGACAUGUGUGGUAGUUGGCUUCACAUCGGGUUAUGUCCGCUUCUACACAGAGAGCGGAGUUCUGCUCCUGUCCCAGCUGCUGCACGAGGACCCUGUAUUGAGGCUCAAAUGUCGCACUUACGAGAUCCCUCGUCAUCCUGGAGUAACUGAGCAGCACGAGGAGCUGAGCAUCCUGUACCCCGCCGCUCUGGUCACUAUCGAUGGCUUCAGUCUCUUCCAGGCUUUGCGUGCCUGCAGGAACCAGGUGGCAAGAGUUUUUGCUACAAAACCUUCAGGAAACGCUGCAGCGGCAGGCAGCGACGUUGUCCCGCCUCCUCCUCUGGCCUACAAGAAGUGGGGCCUGCAGGAGAUGGACGCUGUUGUGGACCACAGCAGCGUGGGCAUUAUGACACUUUGUGUGUUUGACCAAAUGAAGAAUGCGUCUAACCUGGGGGGGUUUAAUGCCUCAGUCAAGGGCAGCCCCCCCGCCAUGAGCCAGUACGUUACUGUAGGAAGCGGUCCGUACACAGGCUUUUAUUACGCCAUAGAGGGAAGCUCACAGCCGCUCCUGUCUCACGUGGCUCUCGCUGUGGCCAGUAAACUCACCUCAGCCCUCUUCAGUGCUGCCAGUGGGUGGUUGGGGUGGAACAAGAACAAGAAUGAAGAGGAACCUGCUCCAAAACAGAAACCCAAAGUGGAGCCUGCAACACCCCUAGGAAUCAGAUUUGGUCUCCCAGAUUCUCGGCGCCAUGGCGAGUCUAUAUGUCUGUCCCCGUGCAACACGUUGGCCGGAGUGACGGAUGACUUCGGCCGAGUGACGCUGCUGGACUUGGCCAGGGGAAUUGCCAUCCGCAUGUGGAAAGGUUACAGAGACGCCCAGCUGGGCUGGCUGCAGGUUCAAGAGGAGCGAGCUGAUCGGGACUUCUCCCCCUCUGCUUCACUGCCCAGACGUCACGCUCUCUUCCUCAUCAUCUAUGCCCCCCGCAGGGGAAUCCUGGAGGUGUGGGCCAUGCAGCGAGGCCCUCGAGUGGGUGCAUUCACUGUGGGAAAACACUGCAGGUUGCUGUAUGCCGGCUACCGUCUGAUGGGGGUGAACAGUGUGACCAGUCAGGGCUGGCAGCUGCAAACUCAGCAGGUGUGUCUGCUGGAUCCCGGCUCAGGAGCCCUGAGGACGGUGAACAUCCCCUUCCACCUGGCCCUCAGUGACAAAAAGAGCGAACAGGCCAAAGACAUGCACCUGGUAAAGAGACUCACCACGAUGCUUAAGAGCAGAGACGUGGAUCCUGAUACUUUGGAGAGUGAAGCAAAAAGCGUGCUGCUGGAAAUCAAACAUCCUGCCACUAAGAAGCAGGCUUUGGAGUCUCUCCUGUCAAACAAAAACAUUCCCAUCUCUUGUCUUACCAACGUUACGUGUGCCUUAAACGACAGUUUGAAGCUACAAGCUGCGGAGGAAGUGGAUGCUUCUUUACUCCAGCUCUGCUCGUCACAGCUGAAGCUGCUUCGACUCUACAGCGACAUCCAGCAGCUGCAGUCUGCUGCCGACUCUGAGGCCGCCUCUGCAAACCAGGAUUCCCUUGAAGAGGUACAGGAUGAACUGACCCGGGUUCUGCCCACCUUACAACGCUACGCACAGCUGACCUCAAAACCCAGUGUUUCCUUCGCCCAGGACUCCCCAGACAUGCCCCUUCCUGUCCAGGCUUUUCUCUCCCAGAUGGAGUGUACGGAGGAUGGCGAGGUGAAAGUGGUGCACAAGUCUGAUACUGAAUGGAACCAGCUCGGAAACUUUAUGUUCUGGGGUUGUCUGUGUGGCAGAAGCUCGCUCCACAAAGUCUGUAACACGCUAGAAGAGGCUGGCAUCAGUCCGCAGCAGCUGCUGUUUUUGCUGCUGAGCAUGUGGUUGCGAAGGGAAAAGGAGGUUUUACAGAAACCACUGGAAACUGUGAGAAACCUCCACGCACUACUGGUCGCCCUUAGCAACAUGAAAGGUGCCCUGGAGGACUCGUGGGAUCCCCAGUCCAUCUCCCCCUGGUGGCAGCAGGUCCGAUGUAGAUGCAUCCAGUCCCACUAUUCUGCUGCUGCGUUACUGGCUGCGUUAGUGGCUCAGCAUGCUGCCAAGGCCAGCAUCACGAGCCGAGCUGACAGCAAGUUGCAGUCAGAGUGGGAGGCCGUGUCUUUGGAGCUGGAGCAGUGGCUGGUGUGUGUUCGCCAGCUGGAGGACGUGCUGGUGCUGCAGACGCUGCUGAUGGUGUCUUCUCCCCAGGGGACAACAGGAGGUGCUGUCUCGCAGUGCUCCAUCAAGACCCUGCUGGAGGGAGGUGCAGGUGGAGUUGCUGACAGCGUCUCCAAGUGGGUGUUCAGGCAGAGCCUGGCCCCCGAACGACUGAAAGAGAUUCUUCAGAGGAAAGAAAGUGAUGCUUUAAAGGAAGAACAGGAGCAGGGUGAAGGAGGAAAAGCAGAGCCGGAGAAAGCCGCAGACCAAGAGGACGCGGACAACACGACAGAGCUGCUGUUGGCCGUCUGCCAGCGGUUCCCGUACUCCCUGUCGCCGGACCUGCUCUUCGCCCACUGCAGCUGGGAAUACGUGGUUCAGUGGAACAAAGACCCAGAGGAGAGUGGAUUCCUGUCCUGGGCUGUGGAGCACGUGAAGAUGCUGUCAAGUCCUCAUAUCCAGCUCGGUAUUUGCACAAUGAUGUGGAGCACAUUUAUUGUCAAGCGUUUGUCAGCAGCUGCUUUCCUUAUGGAGAAGGUUGGGAAAGCACCAAAAGAUCGCUUGUGUCGACGGGAUGUUGGGAUGGGAGACAAAGCCAUGACAUCUUUCCUGGGCUGCUGCGUGCAGCUGCUGCAGAUCCUCAUGGAGGCGGACUCGGCCAUGGAAGAAGUUCCUGUUCCAGAGCUUUCUGUGGAGGAGGUGUGGAGCGGAGCCGACGGUCCUGCGUCCAUAGCGGAGCUGGCGCUGGAGCAGCGAGGAGUCCACUACCCGCUGGUUCAGCACCACUGCCUGCUGGCUUCCCUGCUUCACACGGCCAUGACCUUCAGCCUCAAAGUCAAACCACUCGGCCUGUUUGACAGCAAGGGUAAAAACGCUUUCUUCAGGGAUCUAACAACCAUCCAGCUGAUGCCCAGUGGAGAAAUGGAUCCCAGUUUGAUCUUGCUACGACAAGAGUUCCUCCUCCGGGUGCUGACCGGCUGGGUUCAGGCCGUCGAUGAGGCAUCGGGCCCAGCAUCAGCUCCGAGCUCCGCUCCUCUGCCCUCCUCUGGACCCGCAGCAGACUGGUGGCCCUCCCUGUGUUUGGAGCUGGGCUCCCUGCUGCAGGUCAACCCCGACAUCCUGCGACGGCACCUUGUCUGUGAGCUCUACAACCAAGGCCUGGACCCACGUGCUGAACAGGUUAUGUUGGAGGUAGAAGACAAGGAUGUGUUGGGCUCCCAGCUGCUGGUUCUGACCGGUCAGAGGCUCAGCUACUGCCUGCUCCACAGCCAGAACCAGACGCAGGCUGCCAUGGAGCUGCUGGCCCGCCUGCCUCCCACCCUCUGCACCUGGCUGAAGGCCAUGGACCCCAGCGAGCUGAGGUGCCCCCUGCUCCCUCUGCCCCAGACCAGCCGGCUGGUGGGCCGCCUCAUCGAGAUGCUGCCAGAAAACCACGCCCAGUACAGCCUGGCCCUGCACCUGCUGGAGGCCGUGGACGUCCUUGCCACCGACGACUGACCUUGACAGCAGGACGACGUGUCUCCAGAAGACCAACCGGUAGCUGAAGAGACUUGGCAACGAGACUAUUCCUCCGUUAUCAUCAUCAUCAUCACGGCAGUUCUGUCACUCACAGCAUGUCAACAUUAAUUACAGACUAAUGUUAAAUAUAAAGUGGGUAUGAGCUGCUUUUAACCUUUUUUUUUUUUUUUAAAUCCUUAUUUUCGUGCAUGUCACAUAAAUCACGUUGCAUAUUUGUGUUGAAGAGUAUCGUCAGGGUGUGUUCAUGAGAUGGUUAUUAAGGAUGGGGGCUGUGUGCCGCUUCGGUUAACGCUUCGCCGUCUCCACACAAACAGAUGUAUCAUAAAGAAAUACAGACCUUAUUUUUAUUUAUGAACGCAGACAGAAGUGAACUCUCUGUGCUUUCUGUCUCUAAUGCAAAAUAAAAAUGUUUAUCCAAA